CUACUAUCCAAUGUACCUGAUUUAAACUUUAGUUACAUAUCCCUAUAAUGAUGGCUUUGCUUGCACAUUUCAUUAUACAGACUAAGUACCUGAUUACUCUGACAGAAUAACAAUUGAAUUGAUAUAUUCUGUGUGAUUUUUCUUUAAUUUCUUUUAAGCAAAAUGAUUUAAAUGUGUUUUAUUCAACAGGACAUGGUUUCCUGAUCGGCUCUUCUACCACCACAUCCACAAGGACACACCAGUCCGUCCUGGGCCAUGACUGCUUUGCUUCACAACGUCAGUAUCUCCAGCGGUGCAGCGGCGCAGCUGCCGAUCACAGACAGACCAUUGAACCUGACGGCAGCACCGGGGUCAGGACAGACCCUGGCCCCUCUCUGCACGCUCUGCUGCUGUGGUUUUGUCAAUCGCACCCUGACCGUGGUGUUCAUGGUCAGCCUGGCGUUUGCCAUCGUGGUCGGAAAUGUGGUCACGCUCACUGUUUUUGUGCAAACUAGGCAGUCGAGGACACCACAGGGAUACCUGAAAGUGUCUCUGGCCAUAGCGGACAUGAUGGUCGGUGUCCUCGUGGUUCCUUUCUCCGUCUACACGGAAAUAUCGCUGAUGGUGACGACCACUCCUCCCUCAUGGUACCAGGGUAGUCCUACGUCCCCGGCAUCCUCCUCCUCGGUUGGUGGACUCGUGAGUCCCUGGCAGCCGUGCAUGCUGAUCGGCCCCGUGUUCGCCGGCUGCACGUUUGUCUCCAUCAGCACCAUUUUCCUCAUGACCCUGGAGCGAAGUGUCGCCAUCCUGUGGCCUCUCCACAAAGACGUCCUGGUGACGCGCAAGCGGACCCUGCUCCUCAUCCUGCUCUCCUGGGCCGCUAGCUUCCUGCUGGCUCUCGCGCCUCUCACCUUUAGCAGGAACUUCAUUUUGGAGUACAACGAAUGCAGUCGCAUGUGCAACUACACGCCACUGUUGUUUGGGAGCCAGCCGCCACCCGACGCCUACAUUUUGCUGUUAUUCCCAGCAUUUGACUUCACGCUGCUCGGUGGAACGCUGGCAGUCAACAUCUUGUCUUUCACGAGUAUCCGACGGUACUCGCGCAAACGCAAACUGCUCUCACAGGGGAGUCUGAGCGAUGGCAGCAGUGUCGGAGGAGGCGGCUGCUCGCACAGACCCUCCUUUUCAGACAUCAAGGCUGCCAAGACGAUUGGCAUCCUGACAUUCGCCUUCACGGCGUCCUUCUCGCCCAUCGCGGUCUUUGUGUUCGGGAACGUGGUGGGAUACACCUGGUGUAACUUUUCCUUCAUUGCCUUCUGGAUCCUGACAGGAAACAGCUGCUGUAACGUGAUCAUCUACAGUGUCAGGGACCACCGCUUCAGGAAGGGCAUGAGUCUGCUCUUUCAGCGAGAGCAGUCACCGCCGCACUGCGAGAAGUCUUGAGAGACGUACGGCACUGUUCUAGCACGGCUUAGCCCGACUCGGCUUGGUAUCGGGCACGUCAUUUUCCAGUCCUA